UAAAUCAUUACAAACUGUUUCUGCAAUAAUUUAAUAUAAUUUUGAAGUGUAUAAAAUUUCUUUGAAAUCCUUCAAUACUUUUAUUUAUACAUUUAUUUCGAAAUUUAAAAGAAAAAAAUUUUGAUGCAUUUUCCCAUCUGUGGCAACUGUAUUAAAAUUCAAGAAAAAAUCUGAUCUCUUUGGCUUGGCGUUCUGUAUUGGAAAUGGCGACCAUGGAUUCAAGCGCCAAAAAUAAUGAUUAUGUUAAUCAACUGCUUAAAGAACAAGAAUCUUUGAACUCCCAAUAUUCUCAUGCAUAUAAGCUUUUACAGCAAGAAAUUGAAAAAGCUCGUAAUGACUCUUCAGAUGAGUCUCAAAGACGAGAUUCGCACAUUGUAGUGCAUUCUGGAAAACAGAUUCGGGUGAAGGUUAAAGUUCACAUUCCAGUUGAUGAACAUCCUAACUUUAACUUUGUUGGAAAGCUUUUGGGGCCAAAAGGCAGCUCACUCCAACAGCUUCAGGAAGCUACACAAACAAGAAUGGCUAUCUUAGGACGAGGCUCCAUGAGAGAUAAGAGAAAGGAAGAAGAAUUAAGAUCUCAAGGUGAUCCUAAGUAUUCUCAUUUGAAUGAAGAACUUCAUGUAGAAAUAACUGCUUUUGCCCAAGGACCUGAAGCUUAUAGGCGAAUUUCUGGAGCUCUUGCCGAGUUACAGCGCUUUUUAGUCCCAGACUAUUUUGAUGCUCCUCCCCAAUUUGAUGGCAAAGGAAAGCCUCCCUUCCCGGGUGAUGCACCUCCUCCAAUGGGACCUAGAGGUGGACCAGGAUUACCUCCAAGACCAAUGGGUCCACCUAUGAUGCAAGGACGUGGAGAACCACCCCGUCGUGGUCCAAUGGUUCAAAGCACAUAUGCUGCACCUGAAGGUGAUGAAUGGGCACCCCCUAGACCCUCACCAAGGCGUGGAGGUUUUGCUGGUGCAGCUCCUCCUCCACCUGCUGCUGCCCGUGCUGCUAGACCAUAUGAAGAGCCUGUAAAUGACUAUAAUAAUUAUGGUGAUGGUUAUGGCGAUAACAAUUAUGGCAAUGCUGCCUCAUAUUAUGAUUACUCAGCAGAUACUGAUGGAAAUUUUGCAGAUGGAUAUGGUGAAGAUGCUAGAGGACCAAUGAGGACUGGAGGAGCCGUGGCUGCUAGAGGAAGAGCCAACAGUAGGAUGACGACACAUCCCUAUGCAGGUGCCACCCGACGUGGCUAUUGAAUUCUCUCACCUUACAUUUCGUUUUUACCAUCAUAGUAAACUCUAUUCAUGGAUUAAGAACAUAAAUCAUAAUUGAGACGACAAAAAGUCAGUAGAUCCAAAAAACUUUUCACUGUAAAACACCGGUCUAAUUUCUGAUCAAGCAUUUUUUGUGUGGAAAAACAAGAUAUUCCGACAAAACUGACUUCUUUAUUUCAUGUUGCUUUUGUCAUUUUAACAUCAAUUAUAAAUAAAAUAAUUUCAAAGACAA